AUGGCCGGCUCACUGUCACUGCUGCGGAAGCAGAACGUUCGCAGCACUCCCCAGCAGAUCAUCCUCAAUCAAGGCCUCGACGUCUUCCGCAAUGUAUUACUGGUCCUCUUCGUCCUUCGACUUGUACGGAAGUCAGUAAACCAACUCCGUGGAUACGGACUGCUGGUAUCGAUCCAGCAAUUAUACAGCGAAGUCUACCGACGAUGCUAUUCGCUCUUCCUACGCCUACCCUUUGUUCAGAGCAAGGUCCGAGCCGAUGUCGACAAAGCGAUCACAGAGUUAGAAGGAAAGCUUGUGCCGUCAGGGCCAGGAAUCACAAAUUACCUCUCAUUACCUGUUACGGGAUGGUCGGCAGAUCAAGUACGCGCGGAGCUGGAAAAGCUGGGAGAUAUGGAACAUACGAGAUGGGAAGAUGGGCGAGUCAGCGGAGCGGUCUACCACGGUGGCAGUGAACUCGCAGACCUGCAGAGUGAGGCAUUCAAGCGCUUUGGAGUGAGCAAUCCGAUCCACCCUGAUGUGUUUCCGGGAGUGCGAAAGAUGGAGGCGGAGGUUGUGGCUAUGACACUGGCGUUAUUCAAUGCUCCUCAGACGGGUGCCGGAGUCACGACAAGUGGUGGAUCGGAGAGUAUCCUGAUGGCUGUGCUGGGUGCAAGGGAAAAGGCAUACAAGGAGCGUGGUGUUACGGAGCCAGAGAUGAUCUUGCCAAACACCGCGCAUACUGCCUUCCGAAAAGCAGGCGACUACUUCAAGAUCAAGAUGCACUUUGUGCCUUGUCCAGAGCCGAGCUACAAGGUCCACAUCCCCUCCGUGGCCCGUCUGAUCAACUCGAACACUGUCCUUCUCGUUGGCUCCGCGCCUAAUUUUCCUCAUGGAAUUGUCGACGACAUCUCCGCUCUCUCCCGGCUGGCAGUAAAACGCAAGCUUCCUCUGCAUGUCGACUGCUGUCUCGGCUCAUACGUGAUCGCAUUCCUCUCCAAAGCCGGCUUUCCGUCUCCCGAAUUCGACUUCCGCGUUCCUGGCGUCACAUCAAUAAGCGUCGACACUCACAAAUACGGCUUCGCACCAAAAGGCAACAGCGUGGUACUCUAUCGUACAGCAGAACUGCGGAAGUACCAGUACUACGUGUCCGAGACAUGGCCUGGUGGUGUCUAUGCUUCUCCUAACAUGGCCGGUUCGCGACCUGGCGCUCUCAUCGCAGGAUGCUGGGCGUCACUCAUGCGCAUCGGCGAGGAUGGAUAUGUGGACACUUGUCUCAAAAUCGUCAGUACAGCGAAGCAAAUCGAGGAGGCCAUUCGAACGUCGGACAGACUACGACAAAGCAUCGUCGUGAUUGGAAAGCCAAUGGUCUCCGUCGUCGCCUUCCGUGCUUUGCGCAAUUUGAAGACGCCGGAGCGGAGAGUCGACAUUUAUGACAUUGCUGAUGGCAUGUCGAAUAAAGGCUGGCAUCUCAAUGCUCUGCAGGACCCCGCUGCUAUUCACAUCGCUGUCACUAUGCCCAUUACGCAUUCUGUCGAUGAUAUGAUCAAAGAUCUGGAGGAUGUGGUCGAUGACUGCAAGGGCAAAGCGUCGGAUAAGAAGGGUGGCGCCGCGGCGUUGUAUGGCGUGGCAGGUAGUAUACCCGACAAGAGCAUAGUGAGAGAUCUGGCUGUGGGAUUCCUUGAUACUUUGACUGCAACAGGGGCCGGGAAGCGUGGUCUUGCAUCAGCUUAG